AGAGAGAGCGAUGUUUCCGGUGUUGUGAAUGUCUCCCCACCGAGGAAUAUGGCGGCUAGCAUCCGAGCCCGCUCCCUCCGGCACCUCAGGAUAAGAGGUCGGAAUGACAGUGGGGAGGAGAACGUCCCGAUAGAUCUCAGCAGAGAACCUAGCGACAACCUUAGAGAAAUUUUACAAAAUGUGGCCAAACUCCACGGCGUCUCUAACAUGCGCAAGCUGGGUCACCUCAACAACUUCAUCAAGCUUCUAUGCAAUGUUGGCCACAGUGAAGAAAAAUUAGGGUUUUCGUAUGAAGACAUCAUUAUUUGUUUGCGGUUAGCCUUGUUAAACGAAGCAAAAGAAGUGCGAGCGGCCGGGCUGCGGGCUCUCCGUUACCUCAUCCGAGAUUCCAGUAUUCUACAGAAGGUGCUAACGUUAAAAGUAGAUUACUUAAUUGCCAGGUGCAUAGAUAUCCAACAAAGUAACGAAGUAGAACGGACGCAGGCGCUGAGAUUAGUCAGAAAGAUGAUUACUGUGAAUGCUUCCUUAUUCCCUAGUUCUAUAACCAAUUCUUUGAUAGCGGUCGGAAACGACGGCCUCCAGGAGCGGGACCGGAUGGUGCGGGCGUGCAUCGCCAUUAUCUGUGAACUAGCACUUCAAAACCCAGAAGUGGUGGCGCUCAGAGGCGGCCUCAGCACCAUCCUCAAAAACGUGAUCGACUGCCAGCUGAGUCGGAUCAACGAAGCCCUCAUCACCACAGUCCUGCACCUCCUCAAUCAUCCAAAGACGCGGCAGUAUGUGCGAGCAGACGUAGAAUUAGAGCAAAUUUUAGCGCCGUACACGGAUUUUCACUACAGACAUAAUCCCGACACAGCGGAAGGGCAGCUGAAAGAAGACCGAGAGGCCAGAUUCCAGGCAAGCAAAUUGGGGAUUGUAGCAGCAUUCCGGUCGUGGGCAGGUAUCAUUAGCCUUUGCAAGCCUGGAAACUCCGGCAUCCAGUCCCUGAUAGGAGUUCUUUGUAUACCAAACAUGGAGAUACGGCGAGGUCUUCUUGAGGUACUGUAUGAAAUUUUUCGCCUCCCUCUUCCUGUGGUGACCAAGGACUUUAUUGAAGCCCUGCUGAGUGUCGACCCUGGCCGCUUUCAAGAGGCUUGGAGACUUUCUGAUGAAUUUGUAGCAGCAGAAGCGAAGACUAUUCUGCCUCACAGAGCACGCUCCAGACCGGACCUUAUAGACAACUAUCUGGCUCUAGUACUGUCCGCGUUCAUUACCAAUGGAUUGUUGGAGGGCCUGGUGGAAGUGAUUACAAGCAGCGACGACGAUGUAUCUGUCAGGGCAACAAUCAUCCUAGGAGAGCUCUUGCACAUGGCAAACACAAUCCUUCCCCAUUCCCACAGUCACCACUUGCACUGCUUACCGACCCUGAUGAAUAUGGCUGCAUCUUUUGACAUUUCCAAAGAAAAGAGGCUCCGCGCAAGUGCUGCCCUGAACUGCUUAAAAAGAUUCCAUGAAAUGAAGAAACGAGGCCCCAAACCGUUCAGCCUGUAUCUGGAUCACAUCGUGCAGAAAGCGAAUGCCACUCAUCAGAAAAGGGACCAGCACCUACGCGUGCAGAAGGACAUAUUUAUUCUGAAGGAUACAGAAGAUGCUCUUGUGAUGAAUCUACGCGAUAGCCUGGUCCUCAAUCAUAAAGAGAACCUAGACUGGAACUGGAACCUCAUAGGGACCAUACUCAAGUGGCCAAAUGUGAAUCUGAGAAACUAUAAAGAUGAGCAGCUGCACAGGUUUGUACGUCGGCUACUGUUUUUCUACAAGCCCAGCAGUAUGCUCUAUGCCAAUUUGGAAUUGGACUACAGUAAAGCGAAGCAGCUGACGGUGGUAGGGUGCCAGUUCACCGAGUUCCUGCUCGAGUCGGAGGAGGAUGGACAAGGUUACCUUGAGGAGCUUGUAAAGGACAUUGUGCAGUGGCUGGGAAACAUAUCAGGAAUUAAACAGGAGCGCAGUCUUCAGAAUAACGGACUAAUGAACACGCUCUGUCAGUACUACUUUCUUUUCAUCGGUACGCUCUCCUGCCAUCCGCAUGGAGUGAAGAUGCUAGAGAAGUGCAAUGUGUUUCAGUGUCUGCUAAAUCUUUGCUCGCUCAAAAACCAAGACCACUUAUUGAAGUUGGCCGUCUCCAGUCUGGAUUACAGCCGGGAUGGACUUGCCAGAGUCAUUCUGUCCAAAACCUUAACAGCUUCUCCGGAUAGUUGUCGUCUGUACGCCACAAAGCACCUGAGGGUUCUGCUGAGAGCCAACGUCGAGUUUUUUAGCAAUUGGGGGAUCGAAUUAUUGGUGACGCAGCUGCACGACAAAAGCAAAAAUAUCUCUACAGAGGCCCUCGACAUUUUGGAUGAAGCUUGUGAAGAUAAGGCUAAUCUUCAUGCCCUCAUCCAGAUGAAACCCGCCCUCUCCCAUCUGGGAGAUAAGGGGCUGCUCCUCCUCCUGAGGUUCCUCUCCAUCCCAAAGGGCUUUUCCUACUUGAAUGAGAGGGGUUAUGUCACGAAGCAGCUGGAGAAGUGGCAGAAGGAAUAUAAUUUGAAGUAUGUAGAUCUCAUCGAAGAGCAGCUUAACGAGGCUCUGACAACCUACCGCAAGCCUGUGGACGGGGACAACUAUGUCCGCCGCAGCAAUCAGAGGGUGCAGCGCCCGUACGUGUACUUACCAGUUCACCUGUAUGGACAGUUGGUACAUCAUAAGACCGGCAGCCAUCUCUUAGAAGUCCAGAACAUUGUUCCUGACCUCAGUUACACGGUUCGAUCUCCGUCGUUGGAUACGUGGGAAGGAAUCAAGCAACUAAAAGCAGCUCUUUGGUCAUUGGGUAACAUUGGUUCUUCAAACUGGGGUCUGAACCUGCUGCAAGAAGAGAAUGUGAUCCCGGACAUCGUUGCACUGGCUCAGCACUGUGAAGUGCUGUCUAUUCGAGGAACCUGUGCCUACGUUCUUGGCUUACUUUCCAAGACAAAGCAAGGAUGUGAUAUCUUGAAGCAGCACAACUGGGAUGCUGUAAGGCACAGCAGAAGACAUCCGUGGCCGGUGGUUCCUGACGACAUGGAGCAGCUCUGUAGCGAGCUGUCAUCCGUACCCAGCACCCUCAGCCUGAAUUCCGAGUCCACCAGCUCCCGCCACAACAGCGAGAGCGAAUCCGUACUUCCCAGCAUGUUUAUCAACGAAGACGACCACUGCGGCAAUUCCUCGUCCAGCCCCUUCUUCAUGUGUGACGAUCACGAGCAGCUGUUCUUCGACAAACCCUUAAAGGACAAGGACCGCAGCCCGUUCACACUCUUGGCUCACAGCAAGUUUGUGAAGAACAGAUUUCUAAAUUCCUUAACGCUACCGAGCAAGAAGUUCCGAAGCAGCAGCAGCAGCGAUCCUAAGACCAAUAAGCUGCUGGACAAUAAGACCGAAUUGAGGCGGAACCGAACGGUCACCGAGCACUGGUCAGAUUCGGAGUUCCCCUCCAUGGACAGUUUAGGGUCUGUGUUCAAAGUCCCCAAAAUCAGCACCCACCGCUUAGACACCUCCGUCAGCAAGCACAUAGACGACAACGGCAGCACUCCCAGUAUUACCGAAAACGAUCUCAAGCUUCCGAAAAGUCUAGGAAACGAAAACCACCGCGACCACGCCAGCAGAGAGCGGCUCAUCGGCGAUGGCACCACCACCACGCACUUCAAGAGCCGCAGCUUAAGCUUCAAUACGGACACCACUACAAGCGGCAUAAGCUCCAUGAGUUCCAGCCCUUCACGAGAGACUGUGGGAAUAGACACUACAAACAUAGACACCGACUGCGGGAGCCUGAGCACCGUCAUCAGCACCAAAACCGUCAAAACCAACCUGCCGGCCAUGCUGCACCCCAAUCACCUGCCCCUGUCUAAGUCAAACUCUGUGUCCUUGGUUCCUCCGGGGUCUUCCCAUACGCUUCCUCGGAGGGCGCAGUCACUUAAGGCUCCUUCUAUCGCCGCCAUCAAGAGUUUGGCCGAUUAUCACUUUACCUACACCAGUUCACGAGACGCUUUUGGCUAUGCUACACUGAAACGGCUCCAGCAGCAGCGGAUGCAUCCGUCACUGUCUCAUUCAGAAGCUUUGGCUUCUCCAGCCAAGGACGUUCUCUUCACAGAUACAAUAACCAUGAAAACGGGAAGCUUAGACUCUAGACUGACCACAAGCAGGUUCAUGAAGGCGCUCAGCUACGCCUCUCUAGAUAAAGAAGACUUAUUAAUCCCAAUAAUCCAGAACUCUCUCCAGCGCUCGUCUUCUGUCCGCUCCAUGGUGUCCAACGCCACCUAUAGCAGCUCGGAAGAUUACAUCGGCUUGGCUCUGCCCAUGGAUAUAAACGACAUGUUCCAGGUGAAGGAGACCCCGUAUUUUCAGAAGACUGUGCUGUCAGCUGAAGACCGCGCCUCUAAAGUGUUCGCUCCUGAAGUAGGAGGUUUCUCUGGAUCCGGGGUGCGGAGUCCUUACCAAGCAUUACGGCAGCAAUUCAGUAUUACAGAAAUCAUGAACUCCAGCCGCUCGGACGCCUCUCAGUACCUGGAAAACAUGGAGGACACCGGCCUGCAGGAGCACACGGACGACAACUGCCUGUACUGUGUGGGAAUCCAGAUCCUGGGUUACAACAGCGGCCUGGUAAACGAGUACAGCCGCUUAGACUUUCCCGACAUCCCAUAUUCUGACUGGUGUGCGCAUAGCAUCCCCAAUCAUUUAGAGGUGGUGUCCCAUUCCUCCAAGUAUUCUGGGAUUUCAGGGUGUAGUGAUGCUGUUUCCCAGGGCUCUGCAAGCAGCACCAAAAGUACAGAGUUAGUCCUAGGUGGAAAAUCUAUUCCUGAAGAUACGCCCGUUUGCCGAAUAUUGCUGCGGAAGGAAGUGUUAAGACUCGUCAUCAAUUUAAGUAGCUCCGUGGGAACGAAGAGUCACGAAACAGGACUCCUAACGAUUAAAGAGAAGUUUCCUCAAGCGUUUGAUGACAUCUGCCUCUACUCCGAGGUCUCCUACUUAUUAGCACAUUGCACGUUUCGUCUCCCGUCUCGGAGGUUUAUUCAGGAGCUGUUUCAGGAUGUGCAGUUUCAGAUUAUGCAUGAAGAAGCAGAGGGUCUACUAGCUGUUCCACCAAAGCAACCAGUACUUUGCACCGACGCAGAAUCCUGACUAUAGAUUUUUUUUAAAUAUAUUGUUAUGGACUUUGCCUGGAGCACCUUCUAUCGUUCAGUGCCGACCGCCCAGCGCACAGUGAAAAACCCCCUUGUUUUGUGGGUUUUCUUUUUUUUUCCUUUAACCCGAGCAACAUUGACAUUAUUUCACCUUCCAACACAAACCCGGAUUCAUCCCAAGAUAUGCAGCAGCCAAGCACUGAACCCCCCCCACUGAUUGUGUAUAUAGCCGACGUCCUCUGAUGCCUUGUACAUGGACUUUUGUUACACAUUCUCCUGCAUGGCCCCUCCACAUCCGCCAACCCCAUAGGGGAGAGAGAACCUGAUGUACGUUUCCAAAACACUACAUGGUCGGGGGAGGUCAAUGUGGACGAGAAGACAUCCUGAAAGCUCCAGCAGUGUAGGUUCACUUAGUUAUUAUAGAUGGAACUUUACCACUGUCCGUCAGUGGUCGGUCUGAAGUGUCACAUUCCUCAAUUAGUGGGGUGACGUCCUGACUGCAGACUGACUCUGCUAUGUAAGAGAGCGCUAAAAGUGCAGUGAAAUUUCCAUAAUCCAACCUCCUAUAGUCUGGCACUGAUUUGAGAUGUCGCAGAGAGAAAGUUCCUCGGAUUAUAAUACUCAAUGAUAGGAGCAUUAUUGUAUUUUUGAUGCCGGAUUUUGCCGCUCACUUAUCUUCAAUUCCUCUCUUCGUCUUACCGCCAUCCCACCUGUCCGUCACGGCUGUCAUCCGAUCCUCCUGCCGCCAUGAUGCAUUUCACUGCAGCGUCGUAGGUCACGGGAAGCAGAGCAAGAAAUCUGUCAUUUUGCACAUUCCGCGAGAAGACAAAGAAAAAGACAAUCUAUCAAUUUUUUUUAAAAAUCUUUUUAUUUAUCACGACUGCUAGAGGAAUAUUGGACGAGCCAGAAAAUAUUCUAGCGCCGGUCCUGCGUCUGUGUUUUGUGUGUUUUUUUUCUUUUUUUUUCCUUUAUUUAAUGCCAGUGUUCCUUGGAAAUAGAUUUUGCACAAGAUUCACACAACGUCGAGGGCCGGAAGGGGCCCGCGGCUUCGAUACGUGCACCUUCUCUUUUUUUGUUUUUUCUUUUUCUUUUUCUCGUCUAUACAUAUCUGUCUGAAAUCGGAUGGAAGUGUU